AUGGCCAAGACGGUCUGCAUUGUUGGACUUGUUGCGGCCAAGACGCUAUUGCACAAUACUGCUCCUGGCGAGUUCAAGGUCACUAUUUUCGAUGCUCAGAAGGACAUCGGAGGUCUUUGGCCAACGUCCAAGACAGACGAUGGACGCCAGGUUCAUCCUUUCAUGUGGUCGAACCAGAGCAGACAUACAAUGCAGUUCAGUGAACUUGCUUGGGAAGACAGCGACCCUCAACUCCCACAGGGUUGGAUGGUUGGAAAGUAUCUCCGCAGAUACCUCGAGCGCUUCUUGACGAAUAAUGAAAACUUCGAAUUGAAACUUGAUACUCGGGUUGAGAGCGCAGAACGUCCGCAAGGAGCGGUCCAUGGCUGGACUGUCAACGUCAAGUCAGAUGUUGGGACUGAGACACAGAGCUUUGACUACCUCUUGGUUGCUUCUGGUUUCUUCGGAAAACCGAUAGUACCCGAAAGUUUGGAAAACGAGAAGAACAUUCCAGUUAUUCACAGCAGCCAUUAUAGAGACGUCAAGAGCCUGCUGAAAGGCCGGUCAGGCGGUGGAAAAAUUCUUGUUGUGGGAGGACAAAUGUCUGGUGUUGAGAUCGCAGGAACAAUUGCUGCGCAUCUCUCAUCUGAGACCAAUUCACCCGAUACAUCAAGUAUUACGGAUGCCGAUAAAUACAGUAUCCACCAUGUCAUUCAGCGUCCGAUCUGGGUUUUUCCCCUCUACACCAGCCCCAAGCCGACAAACAAAGCCGCUCCUUUCCUGCCGCUCGACUUUUCGUCUUACAACCUCAAUAACCGACCCAAACCUCUGGCCAACACACAGGGACACAUCCCUGAAGAAACAGCCAAGGUUGUCCAUGGGAUUUACAAGGGCGUUAUUGGAACCGACCAAUCUGAAUUUUCUCCUUUGCUCAAAACUGAUGGCACAAACGACGACAAACAACCCUACCUAGCUGUUAGCGAAUGGUACACUGACUUUGUCCGAUCUGGAUUGAUUACACUAUCAAACGGCAAGGUCGAAACCCUUGAAGGCUCUACAGCAAUAUUGUCCGAUGGCACAAAGGUUGCGGAUGUUGCAGCUGUGGUGGCAGCGACUGGAUUUGAUGCUUCACCUUGUAUAAGCUAUCUCCCCAGCGAUGUACUUCAGGCACUUCAGUUCUCGCCAAAGCACAUUGAUCAGCCUGUUGCUUUAGCUUUCCAUGGAACUCACCACCCACAGGUUCCUGACUUGGGCUUCGUCGGUUUCUAUCGAUCACCAUACUGGGGUGUCAUGCAAAUGCAAGCUCGAUUUGUAGCGGCACUGUGGUCAGAUAAUGUUUCGCCGGGGCGCAAUUCCGAGGUCUUCAAGUGCAAACUUCGUGAUGAUGUGUCCAUCCAGCGAACUCUCGACCUACGAGAUGACCCCCGUGUAUCUCAAUUCCCGAUGGGAGACUACCCUUACCUGAUGAACGAAAUUGCAGAAGCGCUUGAAAUACAAAUCAGUGAACCUCUCACACCACCGGUUCUUGAGCUACCACAUAACAACCUUCCUUUGGAUAUGCUGACGCCAGCACGGUACUCAAACCCUAGCGAUGACCAAGAAUCGAAGGACGCCGCGACAACAUCGCUAGAACAGACAAGAAAAGAUGCGACUGACGGCCUUACAACAUCCAGGUUCGUGGCUCACGCUGUAUUCCGAAGCCUUCUCGGUACAUGGAAAUUGGAGCGUGAUCUUAUUAGCAAAUUGCCUUCACACCCAAGUGGUCACUUCAGCGGCACGGCACAAUUUCUCCUCCGCGAGAAGACAACUGAUGGUUUGCGAUGCGCCGGCAACCCCAGCGAAGACUCCACAAACGGAGACGAGCUAGUCAUGGAGUACCUCUACAUCGAAGAAGGCGAGUUCAAGACCAGUCAAGGUUUCGGCUUCAAAGCCACACGUCGCUACGUAUGGCGUUACAACGAGCUCAAAGACGUGCUAAGCGUCUGGUUUACCAAGCCCGAUGACCUCAAGCGAGCAGACUAUCUCUUCCACGAUGUCGAGUUUACAAAACCAACGGAGAAGGGGUGGGCGGCGAAGGCGGGUCAUUUGUGCAUUGAUGAUUAUUACGAUGUCAAGUACAACUUUGCGUUCCAGGCUGUGAAUCUGAAGGAGUGGCAGAUUGAGUAUACGGUCAAGGGGCCGAAGAAGGACUAUACAAUUACUGGGAAUUAUACUCGGUAG